GGGGCGCUCCCGGACACGCGGGAUCCGCAUGUUCCGUCCGGCGGGGAGGAACCGCAGCGGGGUGCGGGAACCCGCCGGCUGCCUGCGCCGGGCUGGGGGGCCUGCCCGGCGGUUCCGGCCCGGCCCGGGGGCUCCGCGGGUUCAGCAGCGCCGGAGCGACAGCCCGGCCCAUGGGCGCUGCUGCUGCUGCCGGUUGUGCAGAAUGAUAAUAAAGAAAAAGGGAAAAGGAGUUCUUGAGGAACCCGUACAGAAAAAGAAAAGGGUGAAGAGUAGCAAGAGCCAGCCUAUCAUUGAAAUCGAGAAAGGUGUUCAAACUGACACUGGAACUGAGGGUGAGACAAAAACAAAGGUACGGAAAAAGGAAAAAUUAAAGGAAGAUGAAUGCUUAGACCAAUUAGAACUGAAGAAGAAGAAGAAGAAACACAAGAAAAAGAAAGUUGGCUCUAAAUUACUGAAAGAAGCGCGUUCAGAAAGCUUUGUGAGUAUAGAGAGCCAUCCGGAUUCAGAACCUCGAGAAGAAUCGGAGGAACGAAUUAAAAUUCUCAAAAAGAAGAAAAAGAAGGCCCAGUGUCAUUGUUCCUUAUCGCUGCAGAACAAUCAGAGCAGAGAUGUGGAGCUCUCACAUCAUGCGACAGGUGGCACCAAGGGAAAUGAAUUUGCUUUUAAACGAAGCAGACAGAACAUUGCUUGGAGUUUGGGGCUGGAUGGUGAAGUAACUGAGAAAAAGAAGAAAGGUGUUUUGUGUUUUUCAUUAGAGGACGGUGAACAUAAACUGUGUGAAAAAGCUCAUAAAAAACCACACAAACACAUUUCACCGGAAAAAGCUUUUAGGGGUGAGAACCAUGGGAUAGAGAUUAUCCAGAAUGAUGGGGAGAGUUACGUAAAAAGGAAGAAGAAGAAAAAGAAAGAUAAGUCUGCCUCCUUUUUACCAUUGACAGAUAAUCAGGAGGACAUCAAUGGAGUUCCCAAUAGCCCCACAGCAUUAAGUGACUUCAGAAAAAGGCCAAGAAAGAAUUCCCAGGAAAUUACAUGCACAAAUACAGAGGAAGAGGAGACUACUGGGAGUGUUAGAGAGAGCAAGAGGAAGAAGAGAAGCAAAGAUGUUUGUUCCUUACCCUGUGAAGGUGAUCGGGACCGCGGGCACAGAGCUCCUGACAAGCAGCUCCCAGCGCAGGGAGAAGCUGAGUCUGAGGAAAAGGAGCUUUCUGGGAAAAAACACAGAAGGGAUAUCGUGGAUGAUAAUGAAGUCAUCAAGAAGAAAAAGAAGGUUCGGAAAGAGGAGGAGGAAACAACAUAUUCAAAAGUUUCUCUAAACAGUGCAUCUAAAAGCCAAAAAAUAAUGCUACUGGAAAGCAAUAAAAAGAACAAAGAGAGGGGAAUGAAGCGAGCUGAGUGUGUCGCAGGGGAUGGGGGAGAUCAGGUGUUACGUGAUAGUAAUCGUGUGCUCUGUGACAGAAAAAGGAAAAGAAGAAAAAGCGAAGUACUGCAGGACUUUGCUGAAGAUCCAGGUUCAAAAGCAAACACACAAAAGAUCGAAAGAGAAGAGGAACAUGUGGAUGAUGUAACUAUUGUGCAGGAGAAGAAAGGAAACUGUGAUGAAGUUAACAUAGACAAGGUGAGGCGGCAGGCUCUGCAAGAAGAAAUUGAUAGAGAAUCGGGCAAAACUAAGGUUUUCAGUCCCCAAGCGCAACAGGAUACGAGGUUCGGCCAGUGGAGCACAGCUGCUUUUCAGAGUCCUGAGCAACAACUGAAGUUCUUGAGGUUGAUGGGAGGCUUGAAAAAGGGCUCCGCGCCUCCCCGGGAUCCCUCGGCGGCUGCGCACACGGCGACCAAGGCCCUGGGCAGGAACGGGCAGGACGAGCUGCAGCGGAACCUGGAGAUGCAGUUCCACAAAGCAACGGAGCUGAAGCAACACAGGGGAAUUGGGCUUGGAUUUCAACCUGCUGCCAACAAAAAAGCAUACAUAGACAAAUAUGCGUCCAGGUCUAUAAAAUUUGAAGAUUAAAGUUCUGAAGUAAUAAAAGGAAAACUCAGCGGGCAGUUUUUGUUUUCUACAUCUUUUUGCUUGAAAUAAAAUACAAAAUGUUUAUGAAAUUUGAUUUAUGAGGCACUUUUAGUACAAGUUUUCAACUGCAUACACUGGAUUUUCAGCUACACAGUUUUUUUAAACAUUUCCAGUGUUUUCUACAAGGCAAAAGCAGGUAUGCGGGCAAUGCCUGCAACAAGCUGAAACAGUAAUUUGUUUAAAAAAAUGAUGUUUUCAUAAACUUAUUGUUAGCUACAGCUCAGUGAUGCAAAAGGAUUUUAGUGUUUGUAAAAUCUUCACAUUUUUACACUCUUAGUGCUACAAAGUGAAUGUUUUACUUGGAAGAAACCACUAGUGCACCUACAAGUUUGAUGAGGGGAGACUUUUACCUCAAAAAGCAGUAUCUUCAAUAUUAGCAUCAUCAUGACAAUAAUGGAUAGCACUGAACAUCCUCGGUAUUUUAACUUUCCUCUGGAAGUUGGAUUUUCAAGCAGCAGCUGUUACCUGUGAAUGAAGUAUCACUUUCUGGAGAGCAGCACCCAAUGUAUGGAUCCAGACUUCCUAAAUUAUAGAAAGCAAGGUAAUUUUAACAAUAUGUAUGUUGGGUUCAUUAGGCAUCAAUCUGAAUGAAAUUUGUAGCCUUUGGGUUUUCAGACAACCUGCACUUUCACUGGCUUUUCAAUGAGUACAAACCAUGAGGCUGCAGUUGCGUGUUUUGCUCAGAACUCCAGCGUCCAAGGCUGCCUGUCAGUGUUUUCUUUGAUGUUACAAAAAGACGGUGCAAAACUGUCCUGGAUGUUAUUACUGGCCGUGCUGUUUGUUACGGGAGAGCGUUGUUAAGCUUUAUGAAGCUCUGGUUCUAAGAAGAACACAACAGCAUCUCAGCCCCGGCUGCUUCAGGGCAGCAGUGGCUGAUCUGCAGGGGAACCCAGAGCUGGGUUCAUGGCUCUGCUUACCCAGCUCUUGGUUUUUCUGCCAAAUUAGCUAAGAUCACAGAAUGUCAGGGAUGGGAAGGGACCUGGAAAGCUCAUCCAGUGCAAUCCCCCCAUGGAGCAGGAACACCCAGAUGAGGUUACACAGGAAGGUGUCCAGGCGGGUUGGAAUGUCUGCACAGAAGGAGACUCCACAACCUCCCUGGGCAGCCUGGGCCAGGCUCUGCCACCCUCACCCCAAACAAGUUUCUUCUCAAAUUUAAGUGGAACCUCCUGUGUUCCAGUUUGCACCCAUCGCCCCUUGUCCUGUCACUGGUUGUCACCAGAAGAGCCUGGCUCCAUCCUCCUGACACUCCCCCUUCCCAUAUUGAUCCCCAGGAAUGAGUCCCCCCUCAGUGUCCUCUUGUCCAGCUCCAGAGCCCCAGCUCCCUCAGCCUUUCCUCACACGGGAGAUGCUCCACUCCCUUCAGCAUCUUCGUGGCCAAUCAUCUUCACACCAACUGAUCUACUAAAUUUCUUGCUCUGUUAAGGCAAGCUCACUUUCCACAAUAGACUCCUCCAGUGCAUCGUUCCACUUGAAAUCAGCUGCCUCCAGCUGAACAUACACAGGACAAAACAACAGUUGGGUCCAACGUGUUUUAGGCAGCUCCUGAGGGAGAGUGAAGAUGAUGCAGCAGCUCCAGCUGAGGGGUUUGCCAUCGAUCCACUCCUUGAGCUGAACUUUUGCUCUAACGUGGAAAUAAGCCCAAAGCAGUUUUUUUUUGCAGUGUAUUGUUAACUUCUAAGCUUGAUGUUCAGAGUUUGCUCCUAAUAACUAAGUACAGCUUUCUGAGCUGUUUUUGCACUAAUAAAGAGCGGUAGAACAUUUGAAUGCAUUUCUUAUGGCAGUCUUGCAUUAUAAAGAAACCAAAGUGACACUGUGAGACAAAGGCAAACACAUUAAUAAAGAAAAUUAAUAAAUUAUUAAAGAAACAUUAAUAAAGCAUUAAUAAAGUAACCAAAGUUAUACUGUGCUCAAGAGACCACAGGCACAUACUGGUGCGUGCACAGGACCAAGGACAGCUCUACACGGCCCUGAGUUUCCAUCUUGCAGGACCUGUACAAUUGAAAUAGCUACAAUUAAAGGCUGGAAAGGUUCAGUAGCAAGUCAAUACCACUUCAUAAUUAUCUUGUAUUCCUGCAGUUUUACUCAGCUUAUGUAUAUACAGGACCAGAGGUUCGGUUCUUUACAACCUUAACACAAAAUCCAGAUUUUAGAUGUACCCUGGUUCCAUAACCACCAAGGACGUAAAAAACGUGCAACAAGAAUGGUUUAAUAAUUUGAGUGGUAUUUAUUAUCAGCUUGCUAACUCCUUAAAUCCAUUAUUCUAGCAAAACCGUUUGCUCGAUUAGCCUUAACAAAUACAGCAUUUUGUGCAAAAAUAUAUCUUGUAUCCAUAUAAGGAUUUAGCUCAUUCAAAUGAAAUACCACUAAGCAAAACCAGCAGUAGAUGUGAGGUCUCAACAUGGUUCCUUACGUGGGACAGAAGUAGCGAGAGUGAGAUUUAUCAGCUGUAAUAGCAGCACAUGGAACUGAGUUCCACAGGGUAAAUUUGUAUAUACAAAGAAACUCCCCCAGAACAAACAGAUGAACUGCAUAUUGUUUUAUUCGGUGACGCUGAACUUCGCAUACGUUUCCAUUUGCCUUGCAGACAGCACUUGAAUAUUCCUUCCAUUUUACAAAACACCGCUGGAUUAAAUGAAAGCACGAACAUGUCUGUCAAAAUGUAUUGUAGAAAUCAGAGCAGUGACACCUUCGGCCAUUUAUCUCUUUUACUAGAACUGACCGAACAAUUGUCAUCAGUGUCCCAAAGCAGAAGACAACUCAGUAGGAUUAUGACAUUGAAAUGCUGCUUUCUACGCAGGGGAAAGACGAUAAUGCAAGUGGGAUGAAGUCUGGAGGCUGUGAAUUGAUCCUGCAGCUCAUUUUCUGCCUUUGUUGCUAAAAUGACAACAGAUGAGAUUUUGAAAGGCUUUUGCAACCACGGAGGUUCAAAAUACCCUUUACUGCAUCUAAAUCAGCAUUUGAAAUACGAAUAAUGUAGUGGGAAAACUGGAAAGAGAAAUUCAGGUUAAAUUACCGCACUCAGAACAGUUUUACCUGUGUCCAAGUAAACCCAUCACACUAAGUAAAAUCACAAUACACUGAACUCCUCAGUCAAGGUGUCUCCUGUGCGGGUGAGUCCUCGGCGAAGCGCCGUCAGGUGCGGGACUGCAGGGGAAGCCGAAGGGCCAAGUCUGUGAAGUGGCUCAUUUCGGGCUGUUUGCUUCGCCUCUUGAUGUAUUCCAGCGUUUUCACCUGGGUACGAAAAUAAAGAUAUUCUGAGAUUUUUA